AUGGUUAUCGCAGUCGGAGAUAAGAUACCAUCGUACCGAUUACAGCAAGGCAGUCCUGGCAAUAAUGUCGACAUCGCUGAACUUGUUGCCAACAAGAAAGCAAUCAUAUUUGGUGUUCCUGGAGCCUUCACUCCUGGCUGCCACAGAUCGCACUUACCUGGUUAUGUAGCUGAUUACGAUAAGAUCGUGGCGAAAGGUGUCGAUAUUAUCAUUUGCGUAUCUGUUAAUGAUGCUUUCGUCGUUGAUGCUUGGGGAAAAAGUGUCGGAGCAGAGAACAAAGUAGUCAUGCUAGCUGAUCCAGUCGCUGCAUUUACCAAGGCUAUUGGAAUGGAUCUUGAUGCUACACCAAUUUUAGGAAAUAUCCGUUCUAAGCGCUAUUCCAUGAUUCUGUCCGACGGUGUACUUACAAACUUAAAUGUCGAACCGGAUGGUACUGGACUUACUUGUAGUUUAUCCAACAGUAUAUUAAGUCAGCUUUAA